ACGUCUGAUUCAAAACCCUCCAAAAACUCACUCCCUUCCGUGGCAUCCUCACCAAAUCAUCAAACUGUUUUGUCGUAUAACAGUCUUCUCCGGUAAUACGUCUCUCCUUUCUCUAUAAUAAUUCUAACAAACAAUAACCCUCAGUCUCAUCUGAAACUCCCAGAGGACUUCAUAACGGCUGCUGUUUUUUCCCCAAAUUAGUUCAAAAGGCGUUUCAGUGUAGUGUUAUUGCUUCGUGCAUAUAUGGGUUUUGCCAAGGAGUACGAGUUCUUAACCGAGAUUGGUAUCGAGCCUCGAAAUUCUGGUGCCUUUGUUAAUGGUGUUUGGAAAGGGAGUGGUUCUGUUGUCUCCUCUGUUAAUCCUGCAAACAACAAGACCAUUGCUGAAGUAGUAGAAGCUUCUUCUCAAGAUUAUGAAGAAGGCAUAAAGGCUUGUUAUGAAGCCUCAAAGAUUUGGAUGCAACUUCCUGCACCAAAGCGAGGCGAGAUUGUUAGACAGAUUGGUGAUGCACUAAGAACCAAGCUUCAGUACCUUGGUAGACUUCUAUCACUUGAAAUGGGAAAAAUUCUUCCAGAAGGAAUAGGAGAAGUUCAAGAAGUCAUUGAUAUGUGUGACUUUGCAGUGGGCUUAAGCCGACAAUUAAACGGAUCUGUGGUACCUUCUGAACGUCCAAAUCAUAUGAUGCUUGAGAUGUGGAAUCCUCUUGGAGUAGUUGGUGUUAUUACAGCCUUCAAUUUUCCUUGUGCUGUUCUUGGAUGGAAUGCAUGCAUUGCUCUAGUCUGUGGAAAUGCUGUUGUUUGGAAAGGUGCCCCAACCACACCUUUAAUAACAAUAGCAAUGACUAAGCUAGUUGCAGAAGUGCUGGAAAAAAACAGUUUACCAACUGCCAUUUUCACCUCAUUUUGUGGGGGUGCUGAAAUUGGUCAAGCCAUAUCAAAAGACACACGCAUACCCUUGGUUUCAUUCACUGGAAGUUCAAAGGUUGGUCAGAUGGUUCAACAGACUGUGAGUGAGAGAUUUGGUAAAUGUCUGCUUGAAUUAAGUGGAAAUAAUGCUUUAAUUGUAAUGGAUGAUGCCGACAUUCAGCUUGCUGUUCGCUCUGUUCUAUUUGCUGCUGUUGGUACAGCUGGACAACGCUGCACUACAUGUCGUAGACUUCUUGUUCAUGAAAAGAUAUACGACUCUGUAGUCGAUAAAUUACUUGAAGCAUAUAAGCAAGUUAAAGUAGGUGAUCCUUUAGAAAAUGGCACCUUGCUUGGACCUUUGCAUACAAAAGCAUCAAGGGAGAAUUUUGAGAAGGGCAUAAAGGUCAUUAAGUCUCAGGGAGGGAAAAUCCUCACCGGUGGUUCGGUUAUAGAAUCUGAGGGAAACUUUGUACAGCCGACAAUAGUUGAGAUUUCACCAAGUGCUGAUGUUGUGAAGGAAGAACUGUUUGGUCCUGUACUUUAUGUACUAAAAUUUAAGGAUUUUAAAGAAGCUGUUGAGAUAAACAAUUCUGUACCUCAAGGAUUGUCAAGUUCUAUUUUCACCCGCUCACAUGAACUUAUCUUUAAAUGGAUUGGACCUCAAGGAAGCGAUUGUGGUAUUGUUAAUGUAAAUAUACCAACAAAUGGUGCUGAAAUUGGCGGUGCUUUUGGUGGUGAGAAGGGGACAGGUGGUGGCCGUGAAGCCGGAAGCGAUUCUUGGAAACAGUAUAUGAGACGCUCGACUUGUACGAUCAAUUAUGGGAGCGAGCUACCACUUGCACAAGGAAUCAGCUUUGGGAAUUAAAAUGUUGGUGGUUUGGAGUCUUAACUGCUAAUAGCAUUGUUGUGUGAUACUAUUGUGAAACAUUAAAUAAAAGAACCUCAUUUACUCA